UCAAGAAAGUAAACUCGAACUACUACUACACGAUAUUUUUUUGAAAAGAAAAUAUUUCUUCCCGCUCCACUAAGGUUGUGCAAACGCCAGAAGAAAGGAAAAAAAGGAGUUGCCAUCAUGGUGCUAAUGAUACUACCAUUCAUUGGACCGGUGUCCGUAUCUGAGAGUCUGGUUGCAAUGACAACGUUGUGUCUGGUCUACCUGAUCCUCAAGUUUUUCCACACUGAGAUUCCUGAGGGACUUCGUCGGCUGCCCGGGCCAAAGCCACUGCCCAUCAUUGGGAACGUGCUGGAGGUGGGCAGCAGACCUUACCUGAGUCUCACUGCCAUGAGCAAACGCUACGGGGACGUCUUCCAGAUCCAGAUUGGCAUGCGUCCUGUGAUCGUGCUGAGUGGCAAUGAAACAAUUCGACAGGCUCUCAUCAAGCAAGGGGAAGAGUUUGCUGGAAGACCUGACCUGUACAGCUUCAGGCUCAUCAAUGAUGGCAAGAGUCUGGCCUUCAGUACGGACCAGGCUGGCGUCUGGCGUGCCCGCAGGAAGCUGGCCUACAGUGCCCUGCGCUCCUUCUCCACCCUGGAGGGCACGACCCCAGAGUACUCCUGCAUGCUGGAGGAACACAUCUGCAAAGAGGGGGAGUAUCUGAUCAAACAGCUCAACACCGUCAUGAAGGCUGACGGCAGCUUUGACCCCUUCCACCACAUUGUUAUCUCUGUUGCUAACGUGAUCUGUGGGAUGUGCUUCGGCCGACGCUACGACCACAACGACCAGGAGCUGGUGAGCUUGGUGACCCUCAGCGACGAGUUCGGCCAGGUGGUGGGGAGCGGUAACCCUGCGGACUUCAUCCCUGCUCUCCAAUUCCUGCCCAGCACAACGAUGAAGAGGUUCAUGGACAUUAACGCCCGCUUCAGCCAGUUUGUGCAAAAGAUUGUCAGCGAACACUAUGCCACCUACGACAAGGACAACAUUCGUGACAUCACCGACUCUCUCAUCGAUCACUGUGAGGACAGGAAGCUGGACGAGAACUCCAACGUCCAGAUGUCAGACGAGAAGAUCGUAGGAAUAGUCAAUGACCUGUUUGGAGCUGGCUUUGACACCAUCUCCACUGCCCUUUCUUGGUCAGUGAUGUACUUGGUGGCUUACCCAGAGAUACAGGAAAGGCUUUAUGAAGAACUGAAGGACAAAGUGGGUCUGGAUCGAACUCCUCUUCUCUCUGAUAGACCCAACUUACCCUUUCUGGAGGCCUUCAUCCUGGAGCUCUUUCGCCAUUCUUCAUUCCUGCCCUUCACCAUCCCUCACUGCACGACAAAAGACACAUCUCUGAAUGGCUACUUCAUUCCCAAAGACACGUGUGUCUUCAUCAAUCAGUGGCAGGUCAACCAUGAACCUGAGACGUGGAAAGAUCCGUCUUCCUUCAACCCAGACCGCUUCCUGAGUGCUGACGGCACCGAGGUCAACAGGCUGGAGGGCGAGAAGGUGAUGGUUUUUGGCAUGGGAAAGCGACGCUGCAUCGGCGAGGUCAUUGCACGAAAUGAAGUCUACCUCUUCUUGGCAAUCAUUGUGCAGAAGCUGCACUUCCACACGAUGCCCGGGGAGCCGCUGGACAUGACCCCAGAAUACGGUCUCACAAUGAAGCACAAACGCUGCCACCUGAGAGCCACGAUGCGUAUGAGGAAUGAGCAGUGAAGCUAUUUAUAAUGUGCAAUUUAUGAAACAAUACAAGUUGACUAUAACACUGUAUGGGUCAGGAUAACAGUCAGUGAAAGAAGCAUCUUUCUCAGAAUGUAAGGCACUGGAUGCCGAAUUUAUCUACAGAGCUCGUGGCAUUGAAGCCAAUAAGUGAAAUGUGCUUGUUGCAGAUUUUCAGAGAUGUCUAGGUAUGUGUGUGGACAUAUAUCUGUCAUGUUUUUGCUUGUCUAAGAGAUAUUCCUGCACAUGGUUGGUGCUUCUCAGAAGUAUAAGGAGAUGCCUGGUUCUCCUGUGUUGUGUAGUAAACUAAUCUGCUCCCAUUAAGAAGCUAUACAACACUCAAAGUCUAAGUUGCCUUGUUUGGGACACGCAGUAUGUUUUACUAAGUCAUUACUAUUAGGCCACUGCAACUUACAUUGUUUUCUUCUGUGACACAGGACUCUGAACUGAACAUAUCACCUUAUGAUAUAAUUUACACAUCUAAGCUAAUUAUUUUGAUUCCAUUAUAAUGUGGAGGUAAGACACUGAAGCUAUAUCUAUAUCCCAAAAUGUGAUUUUUGUGUGUAUAUCAAGUUCUUUGUAUUUUUUAACGUGAUUUUUAUGCGCCUAGUGUUUGUAUAUAUUUGAGGUGAAAUAGUUGAACACCAAAAAAGUUCCAGUAUUUUUUUUGGAGUAUAUCAGUGGGGUAUACAAUUUUGUAUUUCUAUCUUAUGUAUCAAUGAUUGUAUGACAUGUAAGGGCAUGGGCAUCCUUUAAUCAGCCACUCAA